AUGGCUUCUGUCUGCUCCAACUGCGGUGGAACAGACAUAGAACACGAUAAUGCCAGAGGUGAUGCUGUGUGCACGAGCUGUGGUUCUGUUCUGGAGGAUAAUAUUAUUGUCAGUGACCUGAGCUUCCAGGAGACGUCCAGUGGCGGUGCCAGCGUCAUUGGACAGUUUGUAUCAACAGAAGAGGGGAGCAAGACGGGAAGAUUGGGACGAGGGGGUGGUUUUGGGAGAGGAUUCAAUAGAGAAUCAAGAGAGAUUACUCUACAGAACGCCAUUUCAACAGUCCCGUUGGACUUUGUCACUUUGAAGACGUUGCUGCUGUUGUAGGAACAGGUGUAGCGAAC